GGGAGGCGGCCCCGCCCGCCCUGCGCCGCCAUUUUGUGCCAGCGCCUGCGGAGAGCGGCGGUCGUGGUCGCUGCUUUGCGGGUCCCGAGCCGGUGCGAAGGGCGCUCCCGUCCAUGGCCAGCUUUCCCCUGACUGUUAACGAGAAGCUCAUCGCACGAUCACGCACUGUAGGAGAACUCUUAGCCCCGACUUCUCCUUUUGACAAGAAGUGUGGACGUGAAAACUGGACUGUGGCAUUUGCUCCCGAUGGAUCGUACUUUGCUUGGUCACAAGGGCAUCGCAUAGUGAAGCUGGUCCCGUGGUCCCAGUGCCUCAAUAACUUCUUGUUGCAUGGCACAAAGAAUGUUGCAAAUUCUCUCAGUACAAGGCUUCCAAGGCAGAAUAGUGACAACGGUCAGAAAAAUAAGCCUUGUGAACAUAUAAUAGACUGUGGGGACAUUGUCUGGAGCCUUGCUUUUGGGUCCUCAGUGCCUGAGAAGCAGAGCCGCUGCGUCAAUAUAGAAUGGCAUCGCUUCAAAUUUGGGCAGGACCAGCUUCUGCUUGCCACAGGCUUGAACAAUGGGCGCAUCAAGAUAUGGGAUGUCUAUACAGGAAAACUCCUCCUUAGCCUGAUGGACCAUACAGAAGUUGUUAGAGACUUAACUUUUGCCCCAGAUGGCAGCCUCAUCUUAGUGUCUGCAUCCAGAGACAAAACACUGAGAGUCUGGGACCUGAAAGAUGAUGGAAAUAUGAUGAAAGUAUUGAGAGGACAUCAGAACUGGGUAUAUGGUUGUGCAUUCUCUCCAGACUCCUCUAUCCUCUGUUCUGUUGGAGCGAGUAAAGCAGUUUUCCUCUGGGAUAUGGAUAAAUACUCCAUGAUACGGAAACUUGAAGGACAUCACAAUGAUGUUGUAGCUUGUGAGUUUUCUCCUGAUGGAGCUUUACUGGCUACUGCAUCUUAUGAUACUCGAGUCUAUGUCUGGGAUCCACAUAUUGGAGUUAUCCUUAUGGAAUUUGGGCAUCUGUUUCCCCCUCCUACACCAAUAUUUGCUGGAGGUGCAAAUGACCGGUGGGUCAGAUCAGUAUCUUUCAGUCACGAUGGACUACAUAUUGCAAGCCUUGCUGACGAUAAAAUGGUGAGAUUCUGGAGAAUUGAUGAGGAAUGCCCUGUACAAGUUGCCCCUCUGAACAAUGGACUCUGCUGUACCUUUUCUACUGAUGGCAGUGUUCUUGCUGCAGGGACCCAGGAUGGUAGUGUGUACUUCUGGGCAACUCCAAGAGAAGUUCCCAAUCUCCAGCAUCUAUGUCGCAUGGCAGUUCGAAGAGUGAUGCCCACCAACCAAGUCAAGAACCUGCCUAUCCCAUCAAAGGUGGUGGAGUUCCUGUGUUACCAGAUUUGAAUUGAAAAGAAAAAAAUCCAAGUGGCAGGUGGCACAGCUGCUGAAACCAGCAGAAUGUAAAGAACACUUUAAAGAAUCCUCAAACUUUACAGCCUUUAAGCUUAAAACUUUACAGGUUUUCAAGAACUAUUUAAAGUGAUAACCUAAAUACUAUUUUGUCAAAAUGCCUGACAGGUAGAUUUUUAAUAUUUAUAGAAAAGACAGUAGAAGUAUUCCUGGUGUUCUCAGUUUUCUAAAGUGUAACUGUGAAAACAUGUACAUAUUUAGACAUAAGUUGCUACAUGUUAUCAAUGUACCUUGGAAAUUGCUUUUAUGAUUUUUAAUGUGUAUCAUGUAUAUAUU